CUGGGCAAACGUAGAUGUCAAACAAGUGUAUACAGCUUUAUAGAUCAAGAGCAAGUAAAAGUGCGUCUCAUUAAUAGUUGGAAUGAUGUCACAUGGGAGAAAAUUAAUAUUGUUGUAUGUAACUUUUUGUAUGACAGACGAAGUGAGCGUCAUAAAACGUGGAAAGAGUUAGAGAAAGUAGCUGGAAUUCGAAGGGAGCAUCUAUUCUAUGGAAUGUGCUUCGUCAUUUUUGCUGUUCUUUUUCGUCAGAAUCCACUCGUUGUCAUGCACUCAGUGGUGGUCAGUGUUUCCCAACGAUUUGAACGUUACAUGUGA